UUCGUACAGUGAGCAACACUAGCAAGUCAUACACAGCUCUACCACGUUAAAAGCAAGUCUUUGAGCAAAUUUUCCACUACGCACAAAUUAAACCGUAAAAUAAAACAACAACACAAAAUGUACACCACCGAGUAUGAGAACAGCGUGAACAUGAGCGCCGAGAAGCAACAGAAGAAGGUCAGCUACAGUAUUAAGCGUUUGCUGAAGCAACUCUUCAAAACACAACAACAAMARCAAAAGCAACAACAAGAAUUGUUGGAGAAUUUCGCCAACAGCAAGAAAGCCAACUCAUUGGAAUCACUCGAAUCUYUGGAGAAUUCACGCAAUGCCGAUCUGGAGUCCGUAGCUGAGUGCAUCUCGCUCGAAUCCUGUGAGAAUGUUGCCAAUGAACGUUUGGCCGCCUCAUGCGAUUUGGAAGAUUACGAAUUUGCCGAUAUCACCACGGUGCCCGUACAUUUCUUACGCACUGCWCAUGGUACUUUCUUCUGGACCGCCAACACUGAUUUGCCAGCCGAUAAUGAUCUUAUCGAACCCUUGUACUGCAGCACYGGCAAUCAGAUCGCCACCACACAAAUGCAAGAUCGUUGGGCACAAGCCUAAGCGUUUGUGGCUGAUGAGUUAUGGAGCGAGCAAGUGUGAUACAGCGCCAUUGAGGUCUUCCAGGUCCACUACACACACAUAUUUGGUGGACCAUGCUGAGAAACGCAAAGCUUUAAUUGUUUGUGAUAUUUUUGAAAGUACGUACGUAUACUAUAUAAGAAAUGGUUAAGAAAUUAAUGUUUACAAAUAUUUAUACAAAAGAAAUAAUUAUACAAUAUAACAAU